GCUUUAAGAAUAAUUUCCGUCUCCUCAAAAGUCUGCGCACCAUACGAGGCGCAGAUUAGCAAAUUCGUUUUUCGUCUUGUCAACAUUUUUCUGCAAAACCAAACCAAAAUCCCAUCUCCUACAAGUAGUAAUGGUGGUGAAUUGAUACAUGAAUUCCAAGAAGAAAAAAAAUUCCCAGUAGAUUCUUUGUCAACUGAAACCCUAAAAAAUUCAAUCCAAAAUGGCUGGUGUUUCAGUAGCUGCGGAAUGGCAACUUCAACACGAAAGCUAUUAUCGAAAACCAGAGAUCUAUUCAAUGCAAUGGCAAGUAGAUCUUUCUCGUAACAAAAUUGCCUGUGCUCCUUUUGGUGGUCCAAUCGCUGUUAUUCGUGAUGAUGCUAAAAUUGUUCAACUUCUUGCUGAAUCUGCUUUAAGAAAAUUAAACAUUUACAAUUCAGCUGGAAUUCUUCUUUCAUCAACUAGAUGGGAUCGUCCUGGUGGUCGUUUAAUUGGUAUGUCAUGGACUGAUGAUCAAACUUUAGUUUGUGUUGUUCAGGAUGGAACUGUUUAUAGGUAUAAUAUUCACGGUGAGAUUCAAGAACCUAAUAUAUCAUUAGGAAGUGAAUUCUUAGAACAGAAUGUUGUUGAAUGUGUGUUUUGGGGUAAUGGCAUGGUUUGUUUAACUGAAGGCUAUCAGAUUUUUUGUAUAUCUGAUUUCAAAAACCCUAAUCCUUGUAAACUUGAGGAUCCUCUUUUAGAAGAUUAUCCACUCUGUAUUGCUGUCAUUGAACCACAGUAUACAAUGUCUGGGAAUGUUGAAGUGCUUUUAGGAGUGAACGAUUAUAUUUUAGUUGUUGAUGAAGAUGGUAUUCAGAAGGUUGGAGAGGGAAUUGGACCUUUACAGAAAAUGGUCUUGACUCAAAAUGGGAAGUUCCUUGCAUCAUUCACUCAUGAUGGCCGGCUUCUGGUUACUUCCAAUACGGAUUAUAAAGAGAUAUUCGAGUAUGAAUGUGAGUCAGCCUUACCUCCUGAGCAGUUAGCUUGGUGUGGAAUGCAUAGUGUACUUCUCUACUGGGAUGAAAUGCUUUUGGUGGUAGGUCCAUUUGGUGAUCCAGUUCGCUAUCUAUAUGAUGAUCCCAUCAUUCUUAUUCCGGAGUGUGAUGGAGUGAGGGUACUUUCAAAUACCAGCAUGGAAUUCUUACAAUUAGUCCCUGAAUCCACCGUGUCUAUCUUUAGCAUAGCGAGCACAAAACCUCCAGCCUUAUUGUACGAUGCGUUGGAUUUCUUUGACAAGCGAAGUGCCAAGGCGGAUGAUAAUUUGAGAUCAAUUCGCUCCAACCUUCCUGAAGCUGUUGAAGCUUGUAUUGACGCGGCGGGUCAUGAGUUUGAUGUGUCACGGCAACGAACUCUACUUAAGGCUGCCAGCUAUGGUCAAUCCUUUUGCAGCCAUGUUCAACGUGAUCGGUUUCAAGAAAUGUGUAAAACAUUACGGGUGCUAAAUGCUGUGCGCAACUAUGAGAUUGGUGUUCCUCUUAGUAUUCAGCAAUACAAGUUACUAACUGCGCCAGUUCUAAUUGGUCGUCUGAUUAAUGCUCACCAACACCUUUUGGCACUGCGUAUAUCAGAUUACACUGGCUUGAGCCCGGAGGUGGUUAUAAUGCACUGGGCAUGUGCAAAAAUAACAGCUUCGCCGGCCAUUCAUGAUGCUGCUCUUCUUGAAAUGUUGCUUGAUAAGUUGAAAUUGUGCAAAGGCAUAUCAUAUGCUGCAGUUGCCUCUCAAGCAGAUAAAAGUGGCCGUCGGAAGUUAGCUGCAAUGCUUGUCGAACAUGAACCACGUUCCUCCAAACAGGUUCCUCUUUUGUUAAGCAUAGGAGAGGAAGAUACAGCUUUGAUGAAGGCUACUGAGAGUGGUGAUACUGACCUUGUUUAUCUUUCCCUCUUCCACAUCUGGCAGAAGAGUCCACCGCUGGAGUUUUUUGGAACGAUACAGGCAAGACCUCUGGCUCGGGAUCUAUUCAUCACAUAUGCGCGGUGUUAUAAACAUGAGUUCCUGAAAGACUUCUUUCUCUCGACUGGACAGCUUCAAGAUGUGGCUCUUCUCUUAUGGAAGGAGUCAUGGGAACUAGGAAAGAAUCCAAUGGCAAGUAGGGGGUCUCCACUUCAUGGUCCACGCAUAAAGCUUAUUGAGAAGACUCAUUCGCUAUUUGCUGAGACCAAAGAACACACCUUUGAGUCCAAGGCUGCUGAAGAGCAUGCAAGAUUGCUAAGAAUACAGCAUGAGUUAGAGGUGAGCACAAAGCAGACUAUAUUUGUUGAUUCGAGUGUUAGUGAUACAAUCCGAACGUGUAUUGCACUUGGCAAUCAUCGAGCUGCAAUGAAAGUCAGAUCAGAAUUUAAGGUUUCUGAAAAAAGAUGGUAUUGGCUCAAAGCAUUUGCUCUGGCUACAAAAAGAGAUUGGGAUGCACUAGAAAAAUUUUCCAAGGAGAAGAGACCACCUAUAGGUUAUAGACCGUUUGUUGAGGCGUGCAUUGAUGCAGAUGAGAAAAGUGAAGCUCUCAAAUACAUUCCGAAACUCACGGAUCUCACAGAAAGAGCUGAGUCUUAUGCUCGUAUUGGGAUGGCAAAAGAAGCUGCAGAUGCUGCAACUCAGUCGAAAGACGGCGAGUUGCUAGGCCGGUUGAAGCUGACCUUUGCUCAAAAUGCUGCUGCGUCAUCUAUUUUCGACACACUGCGGGACCGACUAGGAGUCUCUUAGUUGUGUCGUUUCAGUUCAUUUUGUAUGUUCUCUGUAUGAAACUAUUUCCCUGGUUUCAUGGUUCAUUGGUCUGGAUCUGAAUGGUACAAAAGAUAUGUCAGUGGGUACUCAGACCCUGUACAGGGUUUAUAAAUGUAUUUACUUAAUACGAAUUUGUGUGCGUUGUGUAAUGUAAAUGAGUUUUUUUGUUUUAUAUCCUUGGUCCUGCACUAAAUAAAAGUUAUAAUACCUAACGGAAACCAAUUUUUAUUGAUC